CGUGCAGCAGACCGGAAGUGCGCCGUCACCAUAGCAGCCGGAGGGCGUGUGUGUGUGUGUCUGUGCGCGUGUGUGUGUGUGUGUCCGUGUCCUGUUCAACACGACGUUCACUUCUCCGCUGCAGUCACACGAUAACACAGUGACAGGCGAUCAGGAGGUGGGAGAUAUGGAGCUUCAGAGUCACUGACUUCACUACUGACUGAAUAAACCACCGGAUGGACGCAGUGCUCAGACACUAGCAGCGCCAUGCUCCACCGGAGUAUGAGGACAGGCGGGGUGGAUCUGCCAGAGGUGGGGUCAAAAGAUGUCCCUCUCAUCGGCUACCGUCCCCUCACGCCGGAAACCGGAGGUCCUCCUGGUCAGUUGGCGAAGGAGAAGGAUGCCGGAGAACGCACCUCCUCUUCUCAGGUUGAGGCCUCCCCCAUGAAUACCACUUGGUACUGUCCACUCAACCUGUCCACCGUUUCUGAGAAGGAGGAGGAGGGCAUCAUCUAUACGGUGAUCGUGAAGCCACAACACGGCGACCACAAUACGCAGUCGUCAUGUCACCGCUCGCAGUGCGUAAAGGCCGGGACAGAGGAGAAGCUGGUCCUUCACCUCCUGCACUCCUUCUCCAUGGAGGACACGUCCUUCAUCUCCAUUUUCCUCUCCACCUACCGCUCCUUCACCACCACUGAGAGGGUGCUGGACAUCUUGACGGACAGGUUGGGAAAUCCACCAGGAGACAGCGGCAGUCCCACCCGCCAGACCUUCAACAAGGCAGUGUGCACCGUGUUCAGCACGUGGCUGAGCGAAUACCCGGAGGACUUCCACUCACUGGGUGAAGCCUCACGCCUGCUCCGCCUCGCACCCCUGAUGCCAGAUCAGACGGGGUUAGAGGUCAAACGUCGACUGCUGAAGAUCGCAGAGGAGCUCAGUGAAAAGUCCCUGAUUCAUGACGCUACUUCAAAUGCUGCAAAUAGUGUGCAGCAAACAUCAUCCCCUGACCCUUCAAAGUUCGACGCCACCAACAUCCUGGCUCUUCCCUCGAGCAUCAUAGCAGAGCAGCUGACCAAGAUCGAGACGGAGCUGUUCCUGAAGCUGGUGCCGUAUCACUGUCUGGGCUCGCUGUGGUCUCAGAGAGAUAAGAAGGGCCGCGAGGGUGUGUGCUGGUCGGUCCGAGCCACGGUGCGUCAGUUUAACCGUCUGGCCAACGCCGUUACAGCCUCGUGCCUGUGGCAGACGGAGCUGAAGACCCAGCAGAGGACGCGCCUUCUGGAGAAAUGGAUCAGCGUAGCCGAGGCGUGCAGAAUCAGGAAGAACUUCUCGUCGUUGUACGCCAUCGUGUCCGCGCUGCAGAGUAACCCCAUCCACAGACUGAGGAAGACGUGGCAGGAGACGGACCGGGAGGCGGUGAAGCGCUACGAGGAACUGGCGUCCAUCUUCUCGGAGAAAGACAACUACUCGCAGAGCCGAGAGCUGCUCAAAGAAGAAGGCACUUCCAAAUCUGCUAACCUGGACACUAAAGUCAACAACAGAAGACACACGUCCAGUGCUCAGGGCACCGUGCCGUACCUGGGCAUCUUCCUGACCGACCUCACCAUGCUGGACGCGGCGGUCAAAGACAGACUAGAGAACGGCUACAUCAACUUCGACAAACGGCGACGAGAAUUUGAGGUUCUGGCUAAAAUCCGUCUCCUCCAGUUGUCCUGCAGAAACAGCACCUUCCGUACGGACGAGUCGUUCGUGCACUGGUACCACAGCGUCCCCGCGCUGACCGUGGAGGAAAGCUACAGACUGUCCAAUCUGAUCGAGCCUCAGGGGGAACCGGGUCCAGGACGUCUUACACAUCCUACCGUUAUCAUCACGCAGUGUCCUGACACUCUCUCCGCUGUGACAAGCUCGGGCAUGGAUGCUGAUGGAAUAUUUGAUUUCCCUUCGCCUGUCAAUCAUCUACUCUCCAGGCUUGCCAAGCACAUGAAAUCCCCUUCCGUUUCCUGUCUGGAUGUCGAAUCGUCCUCUCAACCCACUGACCCCACCCCCACUGCAUUGAGCACACCUAAUAACGUCUCCAAAACCCAUCGGCGCUCCGUCUCGUGUGGAAACGCGCCGUCCAAUCACGCACCGGAGGCGGGGCCAGACAUGCGAAUCGUCAAGAUACGGAUGGAUUUACACGAUGGGAAUUUAUACCGCAGCAUUCUGGUUAGUAGCAACGACAAAAGUCCCACUGUGAUCAGCUCGGCCUUAGAGAAGCAUAACCAAGACCCCCGAGAGGCCUCCAAAUACGAGCUCAUCCAACUGCUUCCUGAGGGAAAAGAGCUGACAAUACCCGCCACAGGAAAUGUGUUCUACGCCAUGAGCUCAGCUAGCACGGACUUCCUGUUGAGGAGACGAGGAGGAAGCACGCCGGUGGAUUCGCCGUCGCUGAACAAUGAGACCUGCGCAACUUUUCCACGAAUCAAGGCCAAGGGGCGGAGGCUGGUCCGAGCACUCUUUUAACACAACAGAGACAAACAUGUGGAGUAACGUUUCUAAUAAAAUCCCAUAGUGUGUAGUAACAUAUGGGAGAAACGCUUAAAGGGAUACUCCAGUGUUUCCGUUUUAUCUUUUAACCGAAUCUCGAACUAUGACGUCUGUCGUCCUCGUGUGAUCACCUCGGACAAGAAAUUCCACACGGUUCCCUGAAGCCAGGGGAAGACAAAAAAACUGUAAUGGAAGUCUUAACCGUCAUGGUUGGAAAAUUACACGAAACUCUGCUAAAAUAUAUAUAUAUAUAUAUAUAUAUAUAUAUAUAUAUAUAUAUAUAUAUAUAUAUAACAGCUGGAGGUUUGAAGUUUAUCGAGUAGCACAAUUUAGAAACGUGUCGAAAUCGGAGUCCGUGGUGAUCACACGUCCACUAGACACGCGGUGUUUAGAUAUUAGGUUAAACCCGUUGGAGUAUGACUUUAACGUGAUUAACGAUGUAAAUCGGCUGCCUCGGCUAAAUUCUGCACUGGUUUUUGCAUUUCAGAAGUUCAACUAGGACAGCGACGAGAACGAGAACGACGCCACGCUGCCGGCGUCGCGGCUUUCUACCUCGAACGGACCCAUACCCUUAUUAGCUUCAGCUAAUCCGUGAAAACGCCGCAUUAUCGGCGACAAGGAAACCACGACUACAACUCCACCACUCACGUGUCCAAAUGCACGUUAACGUCCUCCUGAGACUUUAUUAUAAGCAAAAAAGAUUAAAAAAAAAAAAAAAUCACUGCCACUUUGUAACCAAGUAUGCAAACAUGAGGUUCUGACUAAAGCUUUUAAAGAUGUCGAUCUAACAGCAACCCAUAACACUGUCCACGUUUAGGAUCUCGGUAUCCACGCGGCGAUGAAGCUUUCGGUCGUUUAUUAUUAAGGAUGUUGGAUGCACAGAGCACGAAGCUCACGGAGAGAUGCAACACUAAGUAAAUAAUCUAGAUUUUGAAUGUGUUAUGAAUGUAAACGUGUACAGUAACGCUCCGGUUCUAGCUUCAAGUCAAAGCUGUCUCUCGCGUUCUCGUGAACCCUGCGCCGCUGACGUGCGUCUGCUCCGAAUGCUCUUGAAGUCUGGUCCGAACCGAAGCACUCGAGCUCUCGGCUCAGCGCAGGGCAGAGGAACCGGGUCUGGGGUUUUUUUUUUUUUUUGGUAACAAGUGCUUUGUUAUCAGGUGCUCUCGCUUCUGCCGUGUUGCUCAGGAUAAGCUUACGUUGUACAUUCACCUCUGUAUAAAUAAAUAAAUAAAUAAAUAGCUGGGUUUAUGCACAAAUGUACACCAUCUAUUCUUGUACGCAAUAAAUUUUCAUUUUGAUA